AGAGAAAGGGUAUAUAAGUUUGUAAUGCAACAAAAUGAAAUCAAGUUUUUUUUCGAGAUUUUGUCUGAUUAUGUUUACGAUAUUUCUAUUGAUUAUAAUAUUUACUUCGAUACAUCGAGAAGACGUGCUUGGCCUGCCAAUCAAAGCGGAGGUGUGGAAAUCUCGUUUCACCGAGCAUGGCAAAGAUCGUUUUGGACAUAAUGAGAUCUCUGUGGAGGUACAAUUUACUAUUGCGGAGGUUACAUCUGGAAUUAGUGGAACACGACCAAAGGCAGCACCGGCUGGACAUCCAGUUAUACCCCCUAUACGACCAAUGCCACCACCUCCACCUAAGAAGAUAUGUUUGAAAAAUGAUUUUUAGAGGAAACCUGUCUUAAUAAUUUUACACAGUUACUCGGAGAGAGAGAGAGAGAGAGAGAGAGAGAGAGAGAGAGAAAGAGAGAGAGAAAGAGAGAGAGAGAAUAAAUAUUGACGUUCUGAAACAUUUGAAAGAAAAAUUGAUAAAUUUGAAUUGCUUAGCUUUGAAGAUUUUCUUUUUUGAAAAUGAUAUAUUUUAAAUAUUUUUUUUUUUAAAUCAAAAAUCAAAUGCAUGCAAUUCUUUGUCCUUGAAUGUUAUCAUAAGCUUGAUUUAUGCUGUCCAAAUCUAUAAUUUCAUUGUUUACAUUCAUGUUUCUGUUUCUGUCUCUUGUUUUUCAAUACCUUCCAAUGGGUUGCGAUAGAAAAUGAUAAACCAAAGAACAAUCAGUGAAAGAAGCUUCCAGAUGGCAACUGUUGAUAAAAUACUUAUUCAAUGAUAUGUUUUAAUUUUUAUAUUAUAGUAUUUAGUAGUUAUUAGGGUCUUUCGUUACAAGUAAAUGCCUUCUACCGAUUACCGUAAUUCAGGUCUUUCGCUUGUGCAGAAGGCCUACAUGCACUGAUUAUUCUGUUUAAGAUUAUUCCCUAUUAUUCUUUUUUCCCUAAAUGCCUUUGAAACCUCAUAAACCGUUCAUUUCUCAACCGAUUUGGUACAAAUAAUUAGAGAUUCAGAUGUUACAAGACUCAGUAAGAUUGUUUUUUACAUUUCAAAAAUUAUCUUUUGCUUUGGAGUUAUUUCCCUUUAAAUGAAAAUAUGGUACCAUUCGUUUCCAGAUAAAGGCCCAGAGACGUCAAAAGUUUGGGCAAUAUUCUACUUAAUUUAAAUAAUUGAAGAAUUGCAGUUAUGCAUAUCUUUUUUUUUUUUUGUUACUUCUGCGCUCAAAACAGCGCUAGAUAGGGUGAAAAAUGUAAAUGCCGUAAUGCAGAAAAAUUUACUUAUAUCUCCUUAUGUAUCGUUUGUACUGAAAAUAAGUUGUU